AUGGAAUUAGAAGCUCACCAAACUGUCUUUCAUUAUGAUAAGGAUAACAUUCAACAUCAAGAUUUGGAUAAACAGCUUUGCCAGAAGCUCUUCAAUCUCAUCAAAUCAACUGAGAGAUUGUUCUUUGCUCAAAAGCUCAAAUGCAAUUUCUUCAGAGAAUGUGACGAAGGCUCAUCCUUCUUUCAUACUCUUAUAAGCCGACAACAUCGCAAGAAUUCCAUUUCUACUAUUCAGCUCAAUGAUGGUUCCCUUACUGCUUCAAUUGAUGAAGUCAGGGAUGCUUUUGUUUGUUAUUUCAGGGACUUGCCUGGCUCUCACAAGGACACUCUUCCAUUGGAUGUUGAAGUCUCUCGAUCUGGCCCUUGUCUUGAUCCUGCUUCUUAUGCAUCUCUCCUUGCUCCAGUCACCAAUGACAUUAUCAAGCAAGCAUUACUCAGCAUUGAUGAUGACAAGGCUCCAGGGCUAGAUGGCUAUACCUUUUCUUCAAAAAAUCCUGGGACAUUAUUGGUGGACACCUCUGUCUGGCAGUUCGUGAUUUCUAAGAUUCUCUCUGCGAGAUUUGCUAUUGCUCCUACGAAUAUUAUUAGCCCAUUGCAAAAUGCUUUCCUGGGACGUAGAUUGAUGGCUGAUAAUAUCCAUCUUCUCCAAGAGCUUCUUCGACUAUAUGAACCUCCUGUCUUUUGGUUUCCCAAGCCGUUUCGUGCAUUUAAUUAUGCAGUGUGUGUCUUGUAUGGAAUACUUUUCCAGGAUGCUCAGGAUGGCCUCUAUAAGCUCUAG